AAAACCUAGUGUAUAGAGAUCCUGAACCCUCAAAGUUUAAGAACUGGGGAAUUACACAGGCACUGAGCCCGGACUGAGAGACAAUGUGAUGAAGAGCGCACAGUGCAGAAGGAGAGGGGUGAGACAAAGUUCCAGGUUCCUGGGCAAGGCUGUCAGUCUCAGGGUCCAGGGUAUGUCUAGGGUGGAGAGGCAGCAUAUUUGUCUCCGGAGUUUCAUUUCUCUAACACCGCGUCAGUUCCUCCCUCCAGCUCCAGUUCUCACACCCAGUGUGGGUUUCCGGAGAAGUCAAUUCCCAUCCCCGCAGUCCCUGGUUGUAAAGUCCCCACAGACAAACCCAGACUCAACGUCUCCCCAGACCCCGAGGAUGAAGGUCACAGCGCCCCGAACCCUCCUCCUGCUUCUCUCCGGGUUCCUGGUCCUGACCGAGACCUGGGCAGGCUCCCACUCCCUGCGGUAUUUCCACACCGCCGUGUCCCGGCCCAGCCGCGGGGAGCCCCGGUUCAUCGCCGUCGGCUACGUGGACUACACGCAGUUCGUGCGGUUCGACAGCGACGCGGAGAAUCCGAGGAUGGAGCCGCGGGCGCCGUGGGUGGAGCGGGAGGGGCCGGAGUAUUGGGAGCAGGAGACGCGGCGCGCCAAGGGCCACGCACAGGCUUUCCGAGUGAACCUGAGAACCCUGCGCAGCUACUACAACCAGAGUGAGGACGAGUCCCACACUCUGCAGUGGAUGCACAGCUGCGACUUGGGACCGGACGGGCGCUUCCUCCGCGGGUACGAGCAGUUAGCCUACGACGGUGCGGAUUAUCUGUCCCUGAACGAGGACCUGCGCUCCUGGACCGCGGCGAACCCAGUAGCUCAGAUCUCAAAGCACAAAUCAGAAGUGGCGGGUGAGGCGGAGUUUCAGAGGGCCUACCUGGAGGAAGAGUGCGUGGAGUGGCUCCGCAGAUACCUGGACAGCGGGAAUGACACGCUGCAGCGCGCGGACCCUCCAAAAACAUACAUCACCCACCACCCAGUCUCUGACCAUGAGGUCACCCUGAGGUGCUGGGCCCUGGGCUUCUACCCUGCGGAGAUCACAGUGACCUGGCAGCGGGAUGGGGAGGACCAGACCCGGGACACAGAGCUGAUAGAGACAAGGCCUUCAGGGGAUGGAACCUUCCAGAAGUGGGCAGCUGUGGUGGUGCCUUCUGGAGAAGAGCAGAGAUAUACUUGCCAUGUGCAGCAUGAGGGGCUGCAGGAGCCCCUCACCCUGAGAUGGGAGUGGCCUUUCCGGCCCAGCAUCCACUGGCUGGUCAUCAUUGUUGUCCUUAUUUCCCUUGGUGCUGUGCUUCCUGGAGCUAUGGUCGCCACUAUGAUAAUGAAGAAGAGCUUAGGUGAAAAAGGAAGGAGCUACCCUCAGGCUUCAAGAGAUAGUGCGCAGCAAGCAGGGUCAGUUCCCUGGGGACAGCACAGCUGGCUUCUUCAUGGACACUCCCCAGUUCGUUUGGUGUACACUUUGAAACCAAAUGGUUCUAGUCACACUUCAUCAUGAGGGCGGCCGAGAGCAUCAGGCAGUGUCACCAGAGAAAGACCAGCACUCACCACCUUCGCUGAGUCCCGUCAGCUCUGAUCCUCCUGUUCUUCUACACGCAUCUGUGAAAGUCUCCUCUGCCCCACCCUGCAAUCACCGCUCACUCCGACCUCCGCUCCGCCUCCACACAGCAGUGACGUCAGGAUUCCCGUAACAUCACUGGUUGCUAGACACCAGUCAGGGCGGCCCUAGCAACCAGCUUAUGGUAAAUUAAUUUUCAUUCAGAGACAGAGCCUGGGGGGGGCCUUAUUUUGGGGGGAAUGCCUUAUAUUUCACCCAGAAGGAAACCUGUAAGUAGGUCUUAUUUUCAAAGGGUGUUUUAUUUUCAGGGAAAUACAGUAAAAGAAAACAAAAUAUCCAAGUUUAAAAAACUUUUAACUCAUUAUUGUAAAGUUAUUGAUAAUUGUUUUCCAACCCUUUUGUCUUGUGCACCACCGCUGCCACCACCACCCUGGCUGUUCCUGCCCCGCUGCAGCUCCCUCCCCUCCCUUUUGCUCUGACGAUUCCUUUGACUGUUUCAGUUUAGUAACAGGUUCCUCUUCUUUUUCCAAAUACCAGAGUAGGAACAGUUUCUAAUAAAAAAAGCUUUUACCAGCAUUCAACUUCAAAAUAGUGUUACAUUAGAUCAUUAUAUUAAGGUAUAUAAAGAAGUAAAAUCUAACGUUUUCCAAGCUAAUUUAUUAAUAAUUGCUCUUAAAGGCACAAUCAUUUUUACUAAAACAAGGUAUAAUUAAGAAAAAAAUCCAGUAAAUGGCACUGUCCACAUCUCCCAGGUCGAUAUUGCCAUAAAAUUUUUAAAAGUUUUGAAAAAUGCUGUUUUUGCAUACGGUCCUAAUUCUUCAUGUGUAAUGGGCAUACUAGAAGCUUAUUAUAAAGACAAUUUGUUAACUCCAGAAGAUUAGAGCAAUUUAGCCUGCAUUACUUUAAGUCCAGGGCAAUAUAUUCAGUUCAGAUCGUGGUGAACUGAAGAGACUAAAAAACAAACUAAUCGAAACCAGGUUGAAGUACCUCUUUCCUUUUCCUUUGAUCAAUUAAUAGAUUCAGGUGACUAUGAAAGCCUUGAAUGUCAAACCCAUUAUACCAAUACUUUACUUUUACAAAUAAAAGAUGUUUGUCUUAAAGCCUGGCAGCACCUCGAUAAAAAAGGAAAAAUUCCACAGUACUUUACCAAAAUAUUUCAAGGAAAUAAUGAGCCUUUCUCUGAAUUCAUUGCCCGUUUACAGAUGACUAUUGAACACUCCAUUCCUGGACCAGAGGCUCGCAAAAUGUUACUUUUACAAUUAACCUUUGAAAACGUGAACACAGAUUGUAAGCAUGCCAUGGCAGGUCUGAAAAAUGAAGAUAAUUUAACAAUUAAUCAAUAUAUUCGGCCUGCAGUGAGGUUGGCUCAAGCACAUAUAAAACUAAUAUCCAUGCCACAGCCUUAGCUUCUGCCUUGCAGACUAAUAAUAAAAAAGCAAAAUGUUUUAAUUGUGGAAAAAUUGGUCAUUUUAGAAAAGAAUGUCGUAAAGGCAAAAACGAAAAUAAACUGCCUGGGCUUUGUAGAUGCUGUUAUAAAGGGAGGCAUUGAACGAAUGAAUGCUGCUCCGUUAAAAACAAGGACAGUAACAUUCUUCCUCCUCUUAAAGAACAAGCUUCUGCUAAUAUUAAUGACAAUCAGGAAAACUCCAAUGCAAGGCUUAGCUCGAAGCCCCCAAACAAAAAUCUUGAACCAGCAGUUCCCUAUCAGCAAUGGCAAAGCCCAUGCUCAAAUAAAUCAAAAUUAGAACCAGAAAUAAAAAAACUAAAAUUCAAGUACAGAAUCUGUUUCAUGCUACGCAAGAAAGCACAGCUUUAGACCUUCCACUUCUAAUUGAUGUUAAUCUUAGCUGUGAAAAAGCUCCUAAAAGAUUGUCUACAGGAGUAUACAGCCCGAUUCCCCCCGGAACUAUAGGACUUAUUUUAGGAAGAAGCAGCCUUACUAUGAAAGGACUUAAUAUUCACCCUGGAAUUAUUAAUGAGAAUUAUAAGAGUGAAAUUUUAAUAAUGGCUUCAGCCACUAUGGAUCUUUACUUAUCUGCUGGACACCGUGUGGCUCAAAUCCUGAUUUUACCUUAUUAUAAAGGCAAAGCAGCUCCAGUUACCAAAGAAGGUAGAUUUGGAAGUACAGGCAAACAGAUUUUUUGGCAUGCUCUAGUUUAGGGGUCCUCAAACUUUUUAAACAGGGGGCCGGUUCACUGUCCCUCAGACCAUUGGAG